AUGAGUCAAGAUGUAGAGUCGUCCAUUGCAACAAUCAUCGAAACACCGUCGUCAGCUGCACAACAAGAAAUCGAAAAUCUGGCUUCAAAAAGAAAUGUUCUGGACUUACCUUCCUCCAUAAAUUCCGAAUCCAUUUCUUUGGCUACGCAAAAGAUAUUUAACGAAUUGUUGAUUGAUUCAAACUCCAAACAAUUCGACAUCAAAUAUGUAGCUUUGAUCAAGAAUAAUUAUUUAGAAUUUAUUCAGUAUUUUAUUCAACAAGUACAAAACUCCAAGUCCAACCAACAAGAUAUUUUGUUCGGGCUUGGAAUGCUGGCUAUCAUUUGUCUUCUUCUAUGUGUUGAAAGCAUUAACAGCAAAAAUUUUACUGACAAGAUUGCAAUUGAAACAAUCAACAACUCGUUAUCGGAGCGUAAACGAAAUGUUGAUAUUCAGUUCUUUGUUACAGUCUUGACAACCAUUCAACAGCAACUUCAAGCAAAAAACAAUUAUUUGCUUGUUUAUGACGAGUUCUUAUCAUUGUUAUUACAACAUGCCAAAGAUGAUAGCUUGCUUGUUUUUGAUCAGGCUACUGUUCAAUAUGCUUAUCAGUACAUCAUCAAGGAAUGUCAAAGGUUUUUAACAACUCUAGAUAGCAUAUCAAACCUAUUUCUUGUCUUAGAUAUCCUAGAUACAAUGUCAAGCUUAUCAAAGAUUGAUACUAACAGCGUCAUUAACUACAUUACUUUCGCGAUGCAAACUUCAUUUAAAGAUGUCAUUGACAUUCUCGUAGGGUGGUUUUUAGAUAAAAACACGCUCCAUAAGCAGAAGCUUAGAAUUGGAGAGUCUUUGGCAAACAUGCCGUCAUCACUUUGGGAGGGAAAACACCUCGAUUUUACUUCCAACCUUAUUCAAAAGUUUAUUAGCGACAUGAACUCCUUGAACGAUGAACGCCAAUUUCAAACUUUUGUCAUGUGCUUAAGAUUCGUUUGUGUAUCAUUGUCUCCACCCACUUUUUUCCAAAUUCUCAACAGAAAUAAGACAAUAUUAGCAUUGCUUUUUGACACAUUGUUUUUAGGAUCCUUGACAAAAUUUUCGGACAAGAAGAAACAACUUUGGAGGUCCAUUUUAGAAUGCAUUAUUACAUUCACAGAAAAAAUUUCAAUCCAAAGAAAGUCUUCUGACCAAAACAUUGUUAAAAACGUGGAAACCGAUAUUGCUGAGAACACUUUAGGUUACAUUGAAGGCUUUCUUUCCAAUUCUUGUGAUGAUAUACCUUCAGAGUUUUUCUCGUUUGUUCUAACAGUGUUGAACAACCUAGAAUCCGUGCUAUCUAAACCAAUGAUCAAGAUAUUUAUUAAUGAAGUUUUACGUUUUGCAUGUAAACAGAUCACCAUUGACGCUUACUUGUACUUGGAGCUUGCACGUAUAUUUGACAUGCUAUUUAAUACUUUGCUAAAGAAGAGCACAUUGGAGGUGUUGAAGUGGACCGAGAAUAAUGAUUUUAAUCGAUUAUUUGUGUUUGGUAUGAUGGCCUUUUCAAUGGAUAAGGGAAAUGAUCAUAUCUAUUCAGAUUUGUUGAACGGUCAUGAGAAUUGGAUGGAAGAUAUGUUGCAAAGUGAUGAACAAACAUUUAUUGAAAUGUUAAAGAAGUUCAGAAAUAACUUUGACAAAUUCAAAGGGAAAGUGAGCAGUGAGUUAGUACUUGAGAUAGUUUUGCAACUAUUGAACAGAAACAUGGUGUCUCAGCAUGUUCAAAGAGAGUUGUUGCUAUGGUUGCACCUCAUCUAUCAAUCGGAAACUACUCUUCCUACAGACAACGCCGUUGAUACCUUAAGAUCCAUAUUGGACAGUGAUUCUUCGAUUGAAAACAAACUGGCAGUAUUGAGAGUUGUUGUGGAAUGCUUAGAGAAGGUAGACACUGAUAAGUACAGCUUGAACGGAACAACUCAGCUAUUGGGCUGUUUUUUCAAAUGUCUUGAAAGCAAUAGCGAAGUUAUUUUCUCUGAAUCCGUUGAAAGUAUUCGAAAAUGUGGUCAUAUAUUGGUAGAUCAAACUGUUACCAGUGAAUUUACUUGGUUCAAAUAUUAUUCAUCGAGACAAAGUGAAGGCUUGCCUGAUGGAACUACAUUGAGCAAUGAUUUUGAGCGAUUGUUUAGCUCUCUCGAAAGUUCAACCAUCGAGGAUCCAUAUGUGUACAAGAGCGUUCCGAAUGCUGUACUCUAUUGUAUUGUUAACAGAUUGAAAACACCUUUCGGUAACGCCAUGCCAACAUUUGAGGAAUUCGAGAAGUUAUUAAUCAAACAUCCUGAUAGCGAGGUUUUGCAAUAUUUUAUAAGCGAGCUUCAAAGGCAAGUGAAUGCCUUGAUAUACAGCCACGCUUUUAGUAGUUUAUUUCACUCUCAAGUUGUUACCUUUUUUACGAGUAACCUAAAAGUUUGUAACGAUUGGUUCACUAGACUUCAAUCUCAAAUGUCUGGAAGAAUUGUUUAUAAUGGACUAAAGUCCUUGCUUUCAGAGAAAGAAAAAUUGGAAAGAGUAGAGACUUUAUUAAUUGCCAUUUGUACCACUCUUUGUGAAGAGUAUGAUGACCAGGAGAUGUUGAACGGAUUACAAACUGUAAUAGAGACAGAUUUUCAAAAACAUCCAUCCUUUUUACAAGUGGUAAAAGGGUUCAUUCAUGAAACACAAGGUCGAUUUGAAGAGGCUCUCAGAUAUUAUGAGGAGAUACCAUCGUUUUUUAGUGAACGAAACAGAACCAAAAUUAUGGAUAGAAUUUUGAUGUGCAAGUACUACCUCAAAACAGAUGAGAGCUUUGAAUUAUUUCAACUUGCCUCACAAUGCUCGUACUCGCCUUCCAUGACCUCAUAUAUUGAAAUGGCAGAACAACAGAAAGCAGGUGUCGACUUGAGAAUCACCAAUUUCUCAAACAGACAUGAUGACUUGAUUUUAAGCAAGCUAACUCUCACUGAAGAGGUUAACCACAGACAAUACAUCAAAAGAUACCUUCAUCAAAACGUCGCUCCGUUUGCAACCAAUCUCAUUCCUGCUCACAAUUUGGAAAAAGUUAAGAUCUCACCAAAAUAUGGCAUUAUUAUUUAUGCAGAUCAAAAGAAAGCAGAUACUACUUUGUUGAAAUAUCACUUGGAUAGAUGUAAUAUGCAUACUGCUCGAUCAUUGGUAGAAAGACUGGGAAUAGAAGAAGAGGAAAAGGCCAUGUUAAAACUUGAUGAGUUAUAUAAUGAGGACCGAAAUCAAGCUAUUGUCAAUUUGGCCAACAAGCUUUCCAGAAGUAGUAACAAACAGCUAUUGAUUUCUCAGAGAGCUCCGUCCAAGCUUUAUUACUGGAUUGACCAGAAUCAACAUAGUCUUGGAAAAGACACUUUAGCACAGAUAUGCUCUUCACUUGGAAUUCAUACCUCUGGCAAUGAUAGAAAUGUAAUUCCCACAAUUCUUAAUACGAUCGUGUCUAUUUCAGAGCUAUUAUCACCAUCGUCACACAAAGAUCAUCUUCAUAUGGCUCUCGAGUUUUUAGAAAAGUACGACACUGAAAACAAAAAUAGAUUGCAAAUGUACAGAAACAUUUUACAAUAUCAGGUUAAUUUAUCACGUCUUGAAGUGACAAAGAUAGUAGCCAAGUUACUAAAUGAUUUGAAAUGUUUCGAUGACGAGGAAUUUAAUAGAUUUGUAGAGGACAUAGAUUAUAGGAUUUGGUUACCAUUCAUACCACAGAUAUUCAGUGUUUUUACAGAGUACUAUGCACACGCAAAAAGUAUUAUUUUGAAGUUGGGCAAACACCGACUUCAAAGUAUCAUCUACCCAUCUGUUGUUAGGUACUUGGAUCAUGCAAAGAAUAGUACCGAUAUCAUUGGAGAAUUACGAAAAAUUAAUGUCGACAUGGUGAACAGCGUUAUAUCCUUCGUUACUGAAUGCAAACGAAUGACUCAUACUUGGCAUGAUCUUUGGUUACAAACUUUGGCCGGCUGCAGAAAAUAUUUGACCAAGACUGGUGUCAAGAGUCAAAAAUUUAGAAUAUUACUUGAACAAACGUACAACGUUACUAUGAACGCACUUCCAGAGAGUAGGGUCGAGCAUUUGUUUCAAGUUCAGUAUCAAUCAGUGUUACAAAUGAUUUAUCAGAGCUUGAUUGAAUUGAGCAACAGAACUGAUGACGUUUCUGACCUAGAACUUGAUAUUGUCAAGCAUAAGCUUUCUGAUCUUUCUCAUCAAAUAUCUAGAGGCUCAAUAUUUAGAGAGUUCCAAAUGGAAGAUGUUGUUCCAAAGUUGCUAAAUCCUGAGAUUUUAAGAAAUAUCCCAAUUCCUGGUUUCCACUUGCAUUCAAGCGAGGAUAGUCUCGUUACAGUGGAAAGUGUCAAUAGCAAAGUUAAAGUGCUUGGCUCUAAAACAAAACCAAAAAAGAUUAUUCUGAUAGGAAACAAUGGAAAGUCGUAUACAUUCCUACUGAAAGGAAAAGAAGAUCUAAGAUUGGAUCAAAGAAUGCAACAGUUCAUUAGAGCAUCUAACAUGAUAUUGAAGUAUAACAAUAGUGACCCUCUCCUACGAAAUAGAACAUAUGAUGUUACUCCUCUUGGAAAAAAUUGUGGUUUAAUUGAAUGGAUUGAAGACACACAAACAAUCUUUAAUUUAUACAGAAAGAAGGACAGCGUUUACAAGCCAAUGGACCAUUACUACAAGUGUUUACUUCCAAUUCUAAAAUCUGAAAACAUUACAAAGCAGCCUUAUCCUACUUCAGUUUUGAAGAAGGUAUUUACAAAGUGCAAAGCUACUCUCGAUAAGGAACCAGGAAUUAAUCCCGCGGAUACGUUACAGCGUCAUGUUCUAUUCAAUCCAACACAAACCUCAAUUAACAGUAGCUUUGAAUCUCAACGGAACUUUAUCAUAUCUACCGCAUGUAUGUCGGCUAUUGGAUACGUUGUUGGUCUUGGAGAUAGGCAUUUGGAUAACAUUCUCAUUGAUUCGUUUACGAGCGAAGUUAUCCAUAUUGAUUAUCAAAUAUGCUUUAAUCAAGGAUUGAAUCUACCCGUUCCUGAAAUUGUUCCAUUCCGAUUGACACCCUGUAUCCAAAUGGCAAUAGGAGAUUCUGUUAUGAAAUCAAAGUUUUAUAGUGUUUGUGAACAGACAUUAAUGUCGCUUCACAAGGAGAAAAAUCUGUUGUUAGAAUUACUGAUGACCUUUAUCAGCGAUCCUUUGAUUGAUCAAACAUCAGAUCAACAAAUUCACUCCAUUUUUGACAAACAAUUAGAUGCACUCUUCCUUGAGCAGGUAAUUGAGAAGAAAGAGGAUAUUGUAUCCGAAUUCAAGGCCUUUAUGGAGGGUAUUUCAUUGCUCGAUGUUUUCGAAGAGGUUCGUGUAUCCGAACAAACUAGAAUCGAAGAAUAUUGCCUAAUCAUUGAAAAUGAAAAGAUAUUGCAACAAGAGAAAACUAGCAUUGACGUUUCCUCAUUCAAUUCUAUUGAAUCUGCCAAAGACAAGCUGGAUACUGAAAAAUUGAGAGUCGCUGCUGAAAAGCAUGUCGUUAGUGCUUCCUUGGAGAAUUUAUUGAAGAAGUUUAGCGACGAAUCUGCUCAACAUUUCAAUUUAUUCAACACAGUCAAAAAUAGGGAAUUUACUUUAGCAUAUAUGGGCAUAAGUAUCACCAAGCCUGAACCAUUGUUGCACAAUAUUCUUCCUUAUCUCUCAACGGAUAGCACAGAGUAUUUCCAAAAACAACAAGAAGUAGAAGAUAAGCAAGUGAGACUAAAGAUGUGUGUAUCAGAGAUGGUUUCCUCAUUACGAGAAAUACAAGGCAUGUAUAACCGAUACUCAGACAUGGAGUACAUUGCUCAUGACAUGAAAUAUGUCAUCUCCAACGUGCUACAUCAAUUAUUGAUCUGUAAGGAUCCUUCUCAAUUAGAACCAAUUGUCAGAUCUAUUUGUGUUCCACUCCCUGAGCUUUUGAAUAGCAUAACAACACUUGAUAACGAGCUUGCAAAGCUUGACAAGGAUCUACAGUUUUUAACCAACCAACAAUUCUCUAUUCCAAUGGUAUCUUAUAGCCAUCAAAUUGUGGACGUUGUAUCGCUUUUGAACCAGAUAAUUAUUGAAGCUAUUGACUCAAGCCGUUCGAUGAUGCCAUCAGAGUCUUCUGUUUAUGAUGUGAGUGAUUGGUGUGGAUUUAGAAAUCUUCUCAGAAUCGAAGCUUGUAUUGUAUUUUGUCACGAUAAUGGUCUGUCCAGCGCUAAUCAAAUACCAACUAAGGACCAACUUGUGCUACUCUCUACGGGUAUUGCAAACAUUACAAGUACAGUCAAACAAUUCUUGGAAAACUUUGUGUUUGUAAUAAUUCCAGAAUUUUUAACAGCUCUCUCUCAAUCAGAUUCUGUAAUCAAAUUAUUAAGAAUUAUUAUGGAUUUAUUUGAAAGCGACAUGAGUAUUAAGGACAAAAUGAUGGCCUACCAAGUACAUCUCAGUAAUCCUUCUAGUGCAAAUCUACUAUGCUUGGCGAUGGAUACUCAAUUUACACAGCUUGAAACGCCAUUCAAAGAGUUAAGCUUAAUUCCAAAUGUUUCUGAUUUAUUUUUUUCCACCAAGCUUGAUACGCUUCACGAUAUAUUCUCAGAGUUGUUGAACUAUGAUCCAUCUUAUAAUCAAUCUAUUUACAACAUUAUCAAUAUUAUCAAAGAUCAUGUCGAUACAUUUGUAGAAAAGGUCACCAUUCCAACAUUGAUAGAAACACUUCAACAAUGGAAUAUCUACCGCUCUGACGUAUCUAAUGAAAUUCGUUCCAAUGAGGCAUUGAUGCAUCAAAUCAAAAAGUUGACUUUAGAUUUUGAAGAAUUUGGAAAUCGUGUAGCUCAACGAAUUAUUAUUCCAAGGCAGAGUAUAUGUCGUUCCAAAUUACAGACUCUAAUGUGGAACAAUCAAUUCAGUAGUCACGUCACUCUUAAAAAUCAAAGUAUUAUUCACUGGAAGGAAUCCAUAUUGGACAAUUUAGAAAACUCAUUGAGACGGACUUCUCUUGCUCGUGAUGACCUUGUGCACACCUUGCAAGAACUUCAAAAUUUAGAGCAAAACAAAUACUUGACAAUUUGCAAGCCCUAUCUGAAUGAAUCUCAAUUCAACGGCUUGUUGACCAAUAUUUCUACGAGAAAUGCUAAUAUGGAGAAUAUGAUGAAACAACUUCAAACAGAGAUUGUUUUUGGCAAAUCAGUGUUAUAUUUGGAAAAGAAAGAUAGACAGGUACCUUUUGAUACAGCAGAUCUUGGUUCUAUCUAUGGAUCUGAAUGUUACAAUGCCAUUAAGAAUUGGCAAUCUCUCUUCGAGAAGGAAAUUUUAUAUCAAAAAGAAUACCAAGAUCUUAUUCACCAAAAAGAGCGAUUUGAAGAGUUGGAACAUGAAAUUGAAGCGCUUCAUACAACAUUGAAAGAUCCUGACUUGGUAGAGGUACAAUCCAACCAAAUGCACUAUUCUGAUUUGAUACGAUCUAAAUUCAUUGCACCCUACAAACAGCUUGCUUCUAAGGCAGCUAUCUCAUACAUGAAUUUGAUUUCUCAACUUGUGAGUGUAUUACAGUCCAUGAUUGAGUUGAGUAGUUUCCACAAAGCAUUCAGACAAGCACUACAACAAUUUGAAGCUAAAUUAACUGCUCAUUAUGAACUGGUCAAUCAGUACUUUGUGGAUUGCAACGAUUCAUUAGAGUUCAAGAAGGAAUCUAUGGAUUCAUUAUUCCAUUAUCAACAUCACAAAAAGUUGAUUUCAAGAACGAAUGAGUUGAAACAAUCCGUGAAUGACAUCUUUGAUUAUACGAUUGACCAAUUUAAUGAAAUAUCCAAACAAAUAGAAGAGCAAUCAUAUAUUGAAAAUAUUGAUGAUGAUAUUAUGCCACAACAACAAAAGAAUUCCAAUAACAAUUAUGAUGGUCCAUUUAUUGUUCAACUAGUGGAGCAGAGACUCAACGAAGCAGAUUCCAACGAAAAAGUGAGAAACAUCAUUGCCAAACAAAUGGAACAAGCUACCAGCGAAGAAAACUUAUCCAAGAUGUAUAAGGGAUGGAUUCCAUGGUUGUAG